AAUAAUUACUAUUUUCUAAUCUGCCACCACCCCUCCUUUCGCCGGAAAGAUUCCUCCAUUACAAGAACAACUAAAGCCACCUUUUUCCCCUUCCAUCAACAAUGGAACCCUAGCCACCACUUCCCUCCCGUGAACCAUUCACAUUACUUUACAAUGGGCUGAAAUCUGGCUCUGUUUAUGUUCGAAUCAGGAGCUGAGAAGACAUGGCAUUACCCUCGAUGGAGCAACGCCAGUUUACUCUAGCGGAGAUCCGGUCCGCCACCGGAGAUUUCAGCCCGGAGAAUCGCAUCGGAGAAGGCGGCUUCGGAGAAGUCUUCAAAGCCGCCAUCGGCGACGGCACAAAGCUGGCGGCGGUGAAGCGCCUGAAGCGGCCGGCAAUCAACGAGAGACUGGCCAGGCAGGGGUUCGCAAGGGAGAUCGAAGCGCUCACUCAACUCCGCCAUCGUCAUAUCGUCUCUCUCAUUGGCUGCUGCAGUGAGCAGGGCGAGAUGAUUCUGGUUUAUGAGUACAUUGCCAAUGGAACCCUAGAAGACCACCUUCAUGGAAAGGCCAAAGACAGGCACUCGCUGACGUGGACCGAACUCCUCAGUAUCUGCAUUGGAGCGUGUCGCGGUUUGGAUUAUCUUCACAGUUCCUGCCCCGGCAACUCAAUCAUACAUGGUGAUGUGAAGAGCUCGAACAUCCUUCUAGAUGAAAAUUUAGUAGCUAAGGUUUCUGAUUUUGGGUCGGCCAAGCAGAUUAAUGCGGAUGUAUCCGAGAGUAACAGUAUCACGGCUGAGAUGUACUCGCGCGGCUAUCUUGAUCCCCUUGCUGCUGCCACGGGGAGGUUUACUAUGGCUAGUGACGUAUAUUCAUUUGGUGUGGUGAUGUUGGAAGUAGUGAGUGAGAGAAGAGCUGAUAUCCGGCCUCAGAAUGACGACCUACUGUCCGUUUGGGCUGUCAAAAAAUUUCGUAAGGGAAGAGGUAGUGAGCUUGUAGCUUCGUCUUUGAGUGGAGAAAUCUCAAAACAAUGCUGCAGUUGUUUUUUAGGGAUCGUUGAAAGAUGCUUGCAUAGAGAAGCAGAGAAGAGGCCGACAAUUACUGAGGUUUUGGCCCUGCUUAUAACAGCCCUCGGGUUACAGCAGGAGAGGCCAGACCCAACGCGUUGGUUUUGGCAAUCGAAAGUAUCUCCAAAGGAAGUUAUAUCAUCCGAUUUAGCACAAGACAAUGUGAUUCGAGAAGAUGAAUUAGAGCACCUCCCUGCCAUUCCGCUUGCUGAAUUUCAGGACAUAACUGGUGGUUUUAGUUCUAAGUUCUUGAUUGCUAAGAGAUCUGCUGGAGUAAGUUUAUUCCGUGGGGUCCUCAAAACCGGACAGGAUGCUGCGAUUAAAAGGUUCAAGAAGAAGUUGUCAGACCAAGAAUUUCUAGCACAGGUAUCGAAAAUAUCUCGCCUGCAGCAUGAGAAUGUGGUUCAGCCCCUUGGUUACUGCGUGAAUGGCGAUCAGCAGCUCUUAGCUUUCGAGUUUGCUCCAUACGGAUCCCUACAUGACAUUUUUCACGGCAAAAAAGUGGAGUCAAGUACCGUUGUUCCGUGGGUACAAAGAAUCAAGAUUGCGGUUGGGGCUGCAAAAGGACUGGAGUACAUUCAUGAGAACGGACUAAUUCAUCAUAGCAUCAAAUCUAGCAAUAUUUUACUUUUCGAAGAUGGAAAUGCUAAGAUAAGUGAUGUUAGUCUGUCAAUUCCAUGCCCUUGUAAGCCGGCUCGUGGUCAUAAACGUUAUCCUGAACAAGCUCCCUGUGGUUGUUGUUAUCAUCCCCCAGAAUGUGUAUUGACUAAUCGAACUCAAGAAGGCGAUGUGUACAGCUUUGGUGUGGUUCUCCUUGAAAUCUUGACAGGUCAGAAAGCCACACAGCCACUGGUACAACAGUUCCUUGCAAUAUUGCACGAGGCAACUGAAACACCAAUGCAAAGAGAAGAAGACAUAAAGAAGGUUGUGGAUGAUAGACUUGGAUUUGGAAGAAAAUGCUCUGCCAGUGCAGUUGUAAUGAUGGCUGAAGUUGCUUUGUCGUGCCUUGCAAAGGAAGCUGAUUCUCGCCCUGACAUGAGCACUGUUUUAAUUCGUCUCGAGAGGGCUUCAUGGGAAACACAUAUUUAUGUACAAAAACAUGAACAGCAGUAAUCUCAGGCUAAUGUUACCAAAUUAUCUCCUCAUAUUCCAGCCUUGCGAGAUGGAACCUGCCAACUGCCAAGCCAAGGAGGAGGAGAUUCUCCUACACGUUUUGUUUAGAUAAAUGAUGUGUGUUGCCUUGUUUGUAUAGCUGGCUUUGGGUUAUUGUCUGUUUGUUGUGUAAUUAUGUUGACAUUCAACUUCUAGUAAUUUUCAGUGACUUUGGUUAGUGAAAGAUAGUAAGUGGAGUAUUUACUACGUGGGCUAUUUCUAGAAUAGGUACUGCAUCAUUUGGAACUAUGUCUAUGUUUGAAACAUAAUCAAAUGUAUAGAGAUAAGGCAGUGUAUGCUCUAACAUUAUGCAAAGUAGUAUCUGAAAUAUGAAUGGACUCAUUUUCAUUUA